AUGUAUCUUGGCAAGCAUGGGGUCUUCGAUGUCGGUGUUGGUUGGUGUUCUUGCGUGUGCAUGCACCUGCGCUUUCAGUGUGCAGCCUCCCACGAGGCAUUUUUGACCUUUGGAUGCGGUUGCUUGGUGCCUAACAAAUGCAUCGGUGGCUCUGGGGCAUUGACCAAUGCAACCGCCUCCUCCUCUUGCACACCCCGCCUCGGGCACCCCGCUGGCUGUGGAUUGUCUUGGCACCAUGCUGUGCUUGGGAAUUUUCCAUUUCCCUCUCUCCAACGUGCCGCUUUGCUUCCCCGCACUGCUUUUGCGGUUACGGUGGUCUGCCUACCGCGCCAUUGCGGGACUGCCUCGUGCAAUGAUCCUUCUGGAGUUAUUUCAGAUCGCAGCGUGCCGAACACUUGCAUCGGUGGCUCUGGGGCAAGGACCUGUGAUCUUGAUCUUCCCAUCUUGUGUCAAAGGGACCGUGUUAGCGUUCUACCUCGCCUUGCCGCAGCAGCCGGUACGGUGACGCGCACCCGACAUGGUCGCCAUUUUGUCAUUGACUCUGCCAGGCUGCUUUUUCACAGCUACUUGGGGUACUGUGCGGCAUGCCUUGCUGCUUUCGGGCGCACCCUUUCCCUUUGCUGGCUGGGGUACCUGCUCUGGAUGCUGUCUCGCACCUUCUUUGGUCGCACGCUCGUUACUCGGCAGGUUCGGAGUGGAUCACCUGGGCGUUCCCCCCCUUUCCUUGCCGCGCUCUCUGUGGUUGCUGCCGUCGGUUGUGACCGUCCGCUUGUCUGGACCUGCGACAAGCCCCCGACCCGGAGACCGAAGCCUAACUGCAGGCCUGCCCUUCGCCCCGUCUGGUUGUCCGCUGUCUUUCGUUUCCUUCUUUGCUACACCCUGCCGGUGCAGGUGUGGGCGGCGCCAGGUGCAGAUGAUGGAGGUGCCCUGUUCACACAUCUCCUCCGUGACGUAGGUUCGGGCGGGGUCGAUGCUCCUAACCAUGCCGUUGCUGUCGAUGUCCACGACACCAUGCCAACUGUGUCGCUUUGCACUGACCAUGCCGCAGAUCCUGCCAACACCCUGCUGCAUUGUUUGGUCUUCGCGGCCGGUUACCGAACAGAGCAUCUCCUUUUACACGUGCCACAUGACACAUGUGAAAGUGGCCUCGUUGCUCAUGCAUCAGCUGCCUCUGCCCUGGUUCAGAGACUCUCUCCUGCGCAGCUCUUCCCGGUACGACCGCAGCCUGGCCAGGGUUACGCCAAUUUCAUCAUCGUUCCGGACUGGAUCCCAGAGGCCAGGCGGCAAACCGUCCUGCUUGACUUCUCUAGACUGCGCGGGCCCACCUUUGCGCAUGUCUUUCAUAAUCCGCUGACCUACCGCGCCCUUGAGGCUGUCGCAGAAACACAAACUGAUGAGCUAUGGCAUGCAUUUGUGCCCGAUGCCUUUGAACCGCUCGAGGUUGGUGGCGAGGUCAGGCUAGCAGAGGGGGCCCUUGUGUCCUUCUCUCCCCGAGAUGUUCCGUUUGCUCGUGAUUCUGACCUCUCUGUGCUCUUGGACCGGCCCUCCACCUGGCAGUCGGAGCCGGAACAGGUUUUGCUUGAGAGGCCUACCGUACAACAUGUCAGCUUCGGGCAUCCCACCGAGCCUCUCAAUGAUGUCGUCCAUCUCGGCAAGCUAUACGACAAGCUGGCCGCCGCGGACUACCGGGCCGAGCACCUCCCUCCGGGGCCGAACCUUGGCUCCUUUGUCUUUGUUGACGCUAGACAGUCUGCCAGGGGCCUGGGCUUCCUUUUUGAAGGGGAAGGCUCGACCGUACCGACACAGGACGGAGUACGGGUCUUAGGUUUGCAGCCGCCCCGCGGUUUCCGCACAUUUGCGGAACACCCCCUUCUUCAACGUGAAGGGCUCCCAGUUGUUGAUGGGCGUGUGCUCGUUCUUGGCUAUGAGCGUGACGAGUCCUCUGGGACGGACGAUGUGGCCCUGUCAGUUGAGGCUAGUCCCGCGCCGGAUGAUGCACUUGUCCCUGCCUCUCCGCCUGCACCGACCUCAACCGACGGUCCUUCUCCGCUGCCGGGCCCCGUCUUGGCGGCCAAGCGCCGCGCUGUGCUCGAUACCAAAUACGAGCAUCUCGUGGUGGUCCAGCCACAGCCGGACCGGCGGUUUUGCACUUUCAUUGCGCUCCCACUCUGGGCCACACAAGCUGUAUGUGUGGUUGUGGAUGCCCGUGCUGUGGACGGGAGGCUUUUUGCAGCGUGCUUUGAGAGCGGCCUAUACCCCCGAUCUGUCCUAGUCCAAAUCAGCCUGCGACCUUCGAUAGGCUUCCAGGUCAUGCACAACAGGCAUGUGUAUCGAGCCCAGGAGGCGCUCGUGCUUGCUAAAGGGGAUGUACUUUUCAUCCUUCCUGCCCAGGCUGCCCUGCCCAGGACUCGCCUGUUGCCAGACAUGCUUCGCCAGUCUUCUGACUGGCACGUUCCAGUGCCUGAUUUCCACGGCUUCCUGCAAACCCCUUACUACCUGCUCACGGAUGCCUGGAACACUAUCGCUGACUUUCCAGCUUCCGCUUCCACCUCUUACGCUGCAUUGCGGCAAUUUGCUGUUGCCUUCUUGCGUUAUGAGGAUUACCGCACCUCUCUGCAAACGCUUCACCCCCGCAUUGCAGAUUACAAUUUCCAUGGCAUAUCUUGUCGAGCGAUCUUCAUCGCUACUGAACGUCCCAUCGGCUCACCGGCACCUCCUGCACGUCCGCGGCCACUAUUGGUUGCUUAUGCCGUUGACCGGCGCGCGGUCCUCGCAGACAUAACCUGGCACGUUACCCUUCAUGGCAGGGUCGACCUCGAUAUGCUUAUGGCUGAAUUUGAGCCUGCGCCCUCCGGUUUCUUUACCUCCAUCACUGGCGGUAUGCCGGAGCGCGAUGGCGACCGGACCUUUCUCCGGGUCGACCACGGGCAAGUGCUCGCGGUUGUUUAUGAGGAGGAUAUGCUGGAGGCAGAUGAGGAUGCAGAACAACACACGUCCGAUGGGGACCCCGACAACACUGAUGCCUCCAGCAGCACAUCAUCUGCACCGCCUGCCGCACCCAAGCCCGCGCCAGCGCCCGUGCCAGGAGCACGUAACCGCAAGCGGCGCCUUGCAGACGGCCCUUCAGGCGCCCCGGUUGUACAUGGACACAGGCUUGCUGUGAACGUUGUCGUAGGCUGUGUGCUCAGUACUCAACUAGCUGCCACUGAAGCCGUGCCUCUUCAGCCAACAUGUUCCAUCCCUGUUGUUACGGUCGGCUCUUCUUGUUCAACUGCUGUCGUUGCUGCUUUCCUUGUCUCCUUCUUGGGAGCCUUGCCACUGUGGGCAUCGGCUGCAUGGGCCACCUUGCGUCUUCUUGGCACCAAAUGGAAAGCACUUGCCGGCACAAUCAGUGGGUUCGUCUGUCGGGUUGCUCUGCUCCUGUAUCCGCGGCCGUCUGCCGAGAUACAGAGUCGUCCAUCAGCCCUUUCCUCCCCUCUUCUGCACGGCAGCCGGCAGGCCAAGCUUUUGCUCGAACCACGAGCCGAUAGUGGGCCCGAGCGCCUUGCCCUCGCCACACUGCGCUAUUUCGCGCCGCGACUUGGCGAAGCAUGGCGGUAUUUACCCGCUGAGGAUGCGGAGUUCAUUCCAACCUCAAGUGGCUCCGAGGAUCAGGAUGACAUUGACCUUGCCGACCACCUGACACUUUUCGUGCUCCUGGCGCCGGGCUAUGCGCCUGAGCAAGUUGCGGUGAUGCUCCGCUUCCCUUCUACCCUUGUCGAAGCCAUGGACACCGUCCAACUUGCUCGCAACACUGUGCAUAGCCCCUGGUUUCAUGUUCUGGCUCCCGUGGAACCGCAGCCGCAACCUGGCAUCGGUGUCGCAAUUGCACUCGCCGACUGGCAGAGACAGGAGCAACUAGUUUGCCUUGACUGCACCCGCCUCGACGGGAGGCGCUUUGCAAUUGCCGCGCCGAGUUACGCUGACAGGCUUGCUCUCCUUCACCUUGCUGAUAUCCAGCUUAACCUCGGGGUUGAUGUUUACGUCGGAGAUGACCCCCAACCUUUAGCUGCGGAUGUCCAGGUUCAUAUGUGGACCGGCUUAGCCAUUUUCUUCAUGCCUCCCGAGCGUGCCCCCCCGCGGCCCUUCUCUCUAGCUUGGACCCUCACCGACUGGAGAAUGUGGCGGCGUUCUCCACCAGAGACACCCCCAGCAGGCCCAGAUGCCUAUAUUCUGGUGUACCAAGAUGAGACCAUACUUCAUCUGACAGACCCUCGGCGGCCUACCCGCCACCGCAACCAGAUCGCCGCAGCGUUGGGCAUAGCCCUGUCGUCUUUGCAGCUCCUGCCUGCCGUGCCUCGAGUCACGGAUGCCACCCUUAACGGGCUUGUUUGCCGCACCAUCCUUGCCGUUUGCGAUAGGUCGGAGCAAGGCUCGAUGCCCUGGUGUGCGGUCCUGCUCGACUUGCGUGCUUUGGGUCGGGGCUGGAAGGCUGUUACAGCGGUCCGGCACCAGCUGUCUUGCGACACUUUGCGUGAGGAGCUUGACCAGGACUCCCCAGACGGCUGGCCCGACGGGCUAGAUGUUAUAGAUGUUCAUCCAGGACAGGUUCUAGUUGCGUACCUUCGCCCUGGCCGUCUAGCUGUCCCCGCUGCUGCGGCCCCGCGGGCACUUGCCACAGGCCCUGCAAUCCCUAUACUUGCACCUGCCCCAGCUGCCACUGCCGACGAUGCCGCGCCACUGACACACCCGACAGGACCCCCGCGGUCCUUUGGCCCCCCUAGCCAGCCUACUGACCGUGCAGUGCCUGCAGGACCUGGAACCGACCCGGCCUCGGAUAUCUCUGUAGAGGAUGACAGCACUACUGCGUUGACCACCAGCGUGCAGGCAGACUACCUCCCAGGUACCUUUCUUGUUCUUGCACAAGAUUAUUGCCCCGAACUUGUUCAUGCUCGGUUGCCUGUCGGAUGCACAGACAGCCAUGCCCUCGAACAGGUCGGGGCUGCCAGAGCUCCAUUUUCGCGGCUGUGCACGCCCCGACUUGUCGUGGCCUAUCCGCAGACAGUUGCUGGGGUUGCGCUUAUGCUUGCACUUCCUUUUUGGACCCCGGAUGGUGCCACGAUUGCCUGUGAUUUGACACGCCUCACCGGGGUUGUCUUCUCCUUACAGCUCCCAAGCAUCGUCCGACGGGAGGACCUGCUCCGUGCCUUGGGCGUCGACAUUGACGCGCCAGUUGAUUUGUACCUCCGUGACUUGCCAUGGCCACUCCCGCGAGGUGCUGUUUAUGACUUGCGCACAGGCGACACUGUUGUUGUCACUCCAGUUGCGCAGGCCGCGCAUGCUCCCAUCCCUACCGGUCCCCUUAGCGCCCUGCUCGCCACAGUUGAUGCUUGGAACCCUGACUGGGCCCCCGAUGCCGCUUACCGGGAUACUGUUUGGCUUCUCACUGAGACUGGUGAUUUCAUGUUUACCGUUGCCAGUGGACGCCGCGCAUUUUUCAGGAAUGAUAUUGCGGCCUUGCUCCAAGUCCGAGCCGAUCGCCUUUUGCUUGCAGCCCCGGAUCCUGCUAUCCAAGACCAUGCAGCCAAAGGAGUCCUCUCUCUCAACGUCAUCGCGGUUCUAGGGGACGAGCCUCCAGAAGUUACUUCCCGGCAAGGUGGGGCGCUCUGUUUCCUGGAUUGUAGGCCUGUUAUGUGCGGCAUUUCUCGGCUGUCCGUCACAGACGGCGUCCUUGAUACUGCGCGCCUCACGCGCCGAUUUGCACAGCGGUGUCCUCAGGGCUACCAGCUCUGCAGGCUCAGCCCGCACUAUGGUCCUUGUUCUCUUGCUGCGUCCUUGCCUAUCCGCCCAGGCGAGGUCAUUGUACUAGCGUUCAUGCCGGGCGAGACCGUCCUUGUUGAUCUCCCCAGCAUGCCACCCGAUGACGGGACCGGCGCCGACCCAGGGCCCGCCACAGGGGAUCCCAUUACCGGCCCUCCUGCCCACCAUGAGGCCAUUGCUUCCGCUCCCGUUACAGGCGACGCUAGCAGUCGGGGAAGCGGCGAUGCCGGUACUGGCGGCACGCAGCGGGCCGGCCAUUGCAAUGUAUCACAAUGCAGUCCUGCCCCUAUCACUGCCCCCGCUCCGCUCCGAGAGCUCGGUGUCAGUCGAGUAGUUAAGUGGCGACAAGCUUGUUUUAUCUACGGCUUGGCGUGCACCUCUAUCCUCCUGCACUGUGCCCUUGGGGCCCUACCAGGCAUUGUUGGGCGCUUGUGUGCCAGCGCCAUCAUCACCUCCCUCACUGCCCUCCUGCCUGCGUGUACUGCAUGUGCAGCGCUGCACCGGCGAGGCGCCAGACGCCCGCCCUUAAUGCUGUUCCUUGUCCUCCUUGUGGUUGCCCUGCCUGUCGCUACCGCUGCUUCAGUUGGCGAUACCCCACGGGGCUCUGGUUUACCCAUUUGCAGCGCUGGUGUUGCCUGCGCCCUGCAACGCCUUGCCCGGCCAGUUGCUACACCAUGUCGCGCGCGUGGGGCUGCCAUGCACAUUUCACAUACGGCUGACUCCACGGAUGACACGUGUUCUGCUUCUCCCACGCGGGUUGGACGCCGGAUUGCACCAACCAACAUCGCCCCUACUGGUCCUUUUGUUCGUGCUGGUGUGACCUUGACCGAAGCUCCUUCCCUUGUAAACCCAGCCAUCCCGAAACGGAUCCUCCGCCCCGGCUUUGCAUGCGGAAUGCCCACCCUACUUGAUCAUGCCGCUGCACUCGAUGAUGCCUGGGCCUCUCGUGCCUCUGUUCUGAUUGAGGGCCUCGUUGCACGCGGCGCUGCCCGCACAGGUGCCAGGGCAUUAAGUACUGAUGCUAAGCCGGUCACUGCCCGCCCUGCCGCUAGUGUGCCGGUCCUCCAACUUGCAGAUACUGUGCCCCUCACCCGCUACCAGAGUAGCUGCCUCGAGCUUCAGAAUCUUGUGCCUGUCGCCUGUACCGUGCCUUGCACCGAUUGGCUCGACAAUGACCUCAGGUUUCUGCGUGAUGCCCCUGAUACCUUGGCUGGUGUUAGUGCUGCCAUUCCGGACUUUGCCUACUGGCAUACCAUCAGCGAGCACGGUGGCCAGGCCCCUGCCUGCGUCCAUGUCUAUACCGAUGGGUCCGCCCAUGGCACGUGUGAACCACUUGCCAGUGCCCCUUGCGGAUGGGCGUUCAAUGUCUGGAUCGAGACUGUAUCUGGCUGGUACUUCUAUGGGUACGCCGCUAGCACCGCAGUCGCCCCGUAUACCCGUUUCUUUCUCGGGGAAUCGGAUGACUCGCCUCUCACCAGCGAGUUGCUCGGCACCACGUGGGCAUUGGCAUGGAUUCUCGAAUAUGGCCCUAUGUUUGACUGCCCAGUGCACCUGCACUAUGACUGCACCGCUGCUGGCGAAGGCACCUUCGCGCAGGCUGCGCCUGCUUACACGACAGGAGUUCCUGGAGGGCCUUGCCUGAGUCACGUUGCGGUCGCCUUUCGGCAAAUUGCUGCUGCCCGUGUCAGCCUCACCUCCGACUACAUUCCAGGCCACCAAGGUUUGUUAGGCAACGAGCUCAGUGACUCGCUUGCCAAGCAUGUGCGCACACAGGCCAUUCCAAUUGACGAACGUGUCCUGCCAGAAUGGCCGGCUCGUCUUGCCUGCCAUGACUUACUUGAAUGGGCGUGGCUUGUCCACACGGCAGAAACCGACCUCCCUACGCUUUUUGCCUUUGAGUCCGAGGCUGGGCGCCUGCAGAACAUGUCACCUCUGCCACGCCCUCCCCCUCAAUGUGGGAUUGGACAACCCGCCGAGAAGCAUCCACAGCCCGUACACUACCACAUUAAGGCUGUUACCUUUAACAUCCUUACUCUUCUGGAAAGCGCACAUGCCAAGCGCCGAGCUCCUGCCCCCACUGGCCUUCGGAUGAUGGGGCGACGACACGUCAUUUUGCGCCAGCUGCGGUCUGAGAAGGUCCUCUUUGCCGGUCUACAAGAGACCCGAGUUCAGGACACUGCCCUGUUGCCGGACCGAACACACAUCCUCCUCCACUCCGGGGCAAACGAUGCAGGCAACUACGGCUGUGCUCUUUGGGUGAGUAAGAGUGUACCAUAUGCCCACGUCGAUGGCCAGCCCCUUUGCCUAGAGCCAAAGCAUUGCACUGUCUCAGCGGCUUCCCCCCGGCACCUCGUUGUCUGUGUUGAAGCACCACACCUCCGACUUGGGGUGAUUGUUGUCCACGCGCCCUCCGACCCACAAGACGAGCAAGGUGUCCUCCACGCCUUUUGGGCCGCACGAACUCUUGAACUUGACCGCUUACCCAAAGGCAUGCCAGUCUUAGUCCUUGCCGAUGCCAAUUCUCGCCUUGGUAGCCUUGAAAGUGAAGCGGUUGGCUCGCAUCAUGCCGAGACCGAGACACCAGCAGCUGCUCAUUUUCACAGCUUCUUACUGCGCAACGGCCUCUGGCUACCCGCCACUUUUGCUGGCACCCACACCGGUCCUUCCUGGACCUGGCAAUCUCCCCGAGGAGACCAGCAUCGCAUCGAUUAUGUCUGCCUGCCGCAGGCAUGGACCUCCUUCGCAUGCUCGUCCCGGGUUUGGCAUACGUUUGAGGCCCUCCAGCAGCGAUGUGAUCACCUACCUGUCACACUUGAAUGUACCUUUGUGCGCGAAAGCCGGUCACACAUCACCAAUUCCUUUCGACGGGUGGCAUGCCGUCCUAAUGACCUAGAUCCCUCCAUCGACAAGCAAGCCUUUUGCCGUGCUUUGCUUGAGGCCCCGCCGGUUGACUGGAACCUAGAUGUCGAUGGUCAUUUCGGCACUUUUGUCACGACCUGGACCGCUGCCGGUCGGUCCAUACAGCCCAAGACCACAGCCCGUCCGCAGCAAAGCUUUUUGUCAGCGCAUGCACUUGGCCUUAUUCGCCAACGCAAAGAUACCCGUAUAGCACUACGUGCUGCGGAAAAGGAACUGCACCGGCGCCUCCUCAUCAUUGGUUUCGCUGCCUUUACGCACUCACGGGCCCAGACCUGGCUCACUGCUCUCGAUGUGCUUGCUACCUGGAGAUGGGUCCGCCAGGCUUGCCGAGAUCUUGCUGUCACAUGGAGCCAGCUAAAUCAGCUGUGCACCAGUGUCCGACAGGCCGUCAAGGCCGACCGCUGCCGUUAUCUACAGCGGCUCGCUGAUGACGUUCAGCAUGCUGACCUCCGCGAUCCGCGCCACCUCUACCAAUGCGUCCGACGGGCAUUUCCCAAAGCUGCCUCUGCGAAGCGAUCCCGCUUCACUCCGCUUCCUGCGGUCACUCUUGCCAAUGGCAUGCUCGCAGCUACCGGUGCCGAGCGGGCUGCCCGCUGGAACAGCCACUUUGCCGCACAGGAAUGUGGAACGCUUGUGACCCCCACAGCCUACUGCGAGCAGCUCACCGCAGCUACUGCCGUGCCACCGCCCUCGCAGCCACCUGUCUUUGACCCGCGCCUACUCCCCUCGCUCGACGAACUCGAGCGGUCAGUGCUCCAGCUCAAACGUGGCAAAGCAGCAGGGCCUGACGGAGUGACUUCGGAGUUGCUCAAGUUGGCUGUCCCAACCGCAGCACGCCAUCUUUUGCCUCUCUUUGUCAAAAGUUUGCUCACCCUGCGCGAGCCCGUCGAGUUUAAAGGUGGUGCCUUGAUGACGCUCGCCAAGAAAGCGUCAGCCGCUUUUGAGUGUGACCGCUAUCGGAGCAUCCUCCUCUCGAGCGUGCCAGGAAAGCUGCUGCAUAAAAGUCUGCGGAAGCGCAUUGCGCCCCUCCUCCAGCAUGCCGGCCAUGAUCUCAUGGGCGGUGUCCACCCAGGGGUUGGGGUGGAUUCAAUCUCCACAGCGGUGCGCAGCUAUCAAGCACACGCCCAGGCCACCGGAGGCCACCCCGCUGUGAUAUUUUUUGAUGUCCGAGCGGCCUACUACCAGGUCGUGCGUGAGACACUCACCGGUGCGGCCCCGGACGAUUCCGUCCUCAGGUCCCUUUUCUGCAAGCUCGGUGUACCAGCUACUGCCCUUGCUGAACUCCGUGAUCAUCUUACCAACCUCAACCACAUUAUCGAUAGUGGCGGGUCGCAGCACCUUGAGGCUUUCACUCGUGAAUUGUUCCGGGGGACAUGGUUCAGGCUCGACCAGCACAUCGAACUUGUCGCCACUGCUGCUGGGGUCCGCCCUGGCGACCCGCUAGCAGAUGUGUUUUUUGCACUUAGUUUUAGCGCCUAUAUACAGUCCGUGCAGACCUCGCUCCAGCGUCAGGACCUUGUCACUACGCUGCCACCAUGCGCUACAUGUCUGCCGGUCGACGGGCACACCGAGCCGAGGACUCUGCCCCCCGCGUCUUGGGCGGACGACUUCGCCGCCAUGUUGUCGGCAGAUAGUCCUGCACAAACCGUUUCCAAAGUCCGGGACACGACAUCGGCCUUCCUGACGCACGCCACUUCCAUUGGCAUGCAGUUGUCUUUUGCGGUUGACAAAACAGCGGCGCUGUUGCCACCAGCUGUGCUUUUUGCCGGUGUUUGUGAGCCCGCGCCUCGCGAUUCCCCUUAUGAGUACUUCAUACCUGUGCGAGAUGACAUCACAGGCCAAGAGGUCCGCCUACCGGCAGUCCAAGCUUACAAGCACCUUGGAGGGAUUGUUACCUGCUCUGCAUCCCUCCUUCCCGAGGUCUAUUAUCGCUUCUCGCAGUGCACUUGGACGCUGAGGCCGCUUCGUGGGUCUCUCUUUGGGAACCCCAGCAUCCCACUGCCGUUACGGCGUACUCUGCUUGGUUCGCUUGUCGCAACCAAGUUUACGUUCGGCUCGGCCACCAUGGAGCUCCACGUUGCAUACCAGUGGCGGCUGUGGGCAAGGCUUUACACAUCUAUUUGGAAAGCCCUGCUGCCCCGGUCUUCUGCCGUUAGCAAAAUCCAUUCUUAUGAGAUUCUGCGGCAAGCGCAAGCCCUUGCCCCGCCACUCGCCCUCGCCAAGGCGCGUGCCAGUUUGUACCUGAGGGUGCUUGAGCAUGGGCCUGCGACCCUGCUCCAUCUUUGGUGGCUUCAGUGGGAGUCUGCUCCGGGGCGUUCGUGGCUUGCCAUGUUGCUUGGCGAUCUUGAAUACGUGGCUUUGUAUUGCCCUGCCGUGCGGCUCGUCCUCGACUCCCCCAUUCCCCUCGUUGCCCUAACGGAGGCCUUGCUACAGGACCGCACGUGGUGGCGACGGCAGAUCAAUGCUGCAACAAGGAUCUAUUUUGCCGAUCUCGAGCGAUGGGCACACCAACGCAUUGAGCAAGCCGUGGGCCCAACGCCAGCCCCCUCGCAGGCUGCUCAGGCUUACUCCUGCCCCUUUUGCACCGCCAGCUUCCCACUCAAGAAGCAUCUCAGUGUACAUAUUGCUCGACGGCAUGGCCUGCCAGCGCCAAAACGCCUCUUUGCUCCACAUGCCACGUGCCUCGCCUGCCUCAAGCAUUUUCACUCCAUCCCAAGGGCACAAAACCAUCUUAAGAGUGUGCCUCGCUGUCUCGAGCGGGUACACCUCUUAAUGCCCCCGAUGGAACUAUCAGAGGUGAAGGCGAUUGAGCAAGCUGACCGCGCUUAUCAAAAGCGCAUUCGUUCGGGCUGUUGGCAGGCGUUUGAUGCCAACCGUCCUGUGCUCCAGGCCUACGGCCCCCCUCAACCGACGCGCGCUGAACUUCUGAGCGCGCUCGGGGAAGAGGCGCCCAUCUCUCUACUGGUUCAGCCACCUCCGAACCCCGCGUUCACGGCAUGGGUAUGUAAUAGUCUGCAUGCCCGCACGUGCGAGCCCCCGAGAGCAGGAACGCGCAGUUUCUGGUGGAGGCGUAUCCAGUAG